GAUCCUGGCUUCAGUCUUCUUCCUUGCGCUGAGCUGCCUCCUGCCAGCCUUCCCGGCCUUCAGCAGGCUCCGACCCCCCUCCGCCAGAUUGCGCAAUCCUCGGAGGAGUCCGCUGCGUAGCGCUGCUGGGCGCCCAUGGAGUUGUUUCUCGCAGAUCUAUUGCAUCAACUUGGACGACAGGCCAGACAGAUGGGGCUUUAUGGAAAAGCAAUUUCAG